AUGGCACUCGUAUUGCUCGUAAGCACCCAAUUGACGACGAUCGGCAAGGCGCUUCCUAAACAAGGAGCGCCGAUAUCAUCCAAACCACCGCCGCUUAUCAUGACCACACUGCGCCUGAGUAGAAAGCAGAGUGUUGUAACAGCGUGUUCACCCUUCCGCCACUUCUCCUAUGCGACUUCGCAUACUUCCUCGCGCGGCCGUGCAAUGAAGUACCGGCAAUGUGUAGCCUUACGCGCAUCCAGCGACGACGCAAAAUACCCGGUACUUUCGCGUUUAGAAGCGUUCAUUUAUCGAAUGAAGGCGCACCACAACCACUGUAAUGCGUCGUUGGCAAGCGAAGUCGGCCUUCCUCCCUCGUACUGCCCGAAAUCGCAUGAAGACGCCUUUUUCGUAUCUCCUGUCGCUGACAAAGGCGAUGUCGCGCAUGUCACGGUUCAUAUUUAUUCUUAUGCGCACUUGAAGAGUGAUUCCGAGUGUAUUGUGAACUAUUUCCAGUCGCUUUAG